CCGAACUCAAAGUGAAGAAGAAACGGGAACACGAUCCCAGUUUUCUCUAUCUUCUCCUUCUAAAUUACUUAUUUCCUCUGAUUCUGCUCUUCCCACAGUCCUUCCAAUUUCAAAGUUUUCUCUUAUCUUCCAAUCCAUUCAUCAAUGUUCAAGAUUGUUUGGUCACUGAGAAAAUGGAGUAACGAGUUACGCACCUGAAGAAUUAGGAUAGGGACGAUUAAAGCCGUGUUGAAGUUUGUAUCUUACACAAGUCCGUUUAUUUCGGUUUUUACAGGAAUAGUUGCCUUGAACUUAGCUUAUGGGACUGGAAUGUGCUUCUGCUUGACUAGUAAGAGGGAGGUUGAAGAAAAGAAAAGUUAAUGCAUAACUUCCUUAAAGCUUAAAAGUGUUUGAAUGCUGCUGUUUUUGUCUUGAAUUUUUCUCCAUUGUUCCAUGUUGAGAGUUAGAUUUUAAUGGAUAAGAAGUUGGGAUCAUGAUUGUAAAGGAGCAUUUUGUUGGUACUGAACUUGCAAUGAAUAAUGCUAUUGUGGAGGAGGAAAUAGACUUUUCUUGUGAUCCGUACAUAGGGUUGGAAUUUGACACAGCAGAUGAAGCACUAAAGUUUUACACUUCAUAUGCAAAUCGAACAGGAUUUAAAGUUCGGAUUGGUCAGCUGUAUAGAUCAAGAACUGAUGGGUCAGUUUCUUCUCGAAGAUUUGUGUGCUCAAAGGAGGGACAUCAACUCAGUUCAAGAACAGGCUGUCCAGCAUUCAUAAGGGUGCAAAUAAAUGGUUCUGGAAAGUGGGUGAUUGAUCAUUUUCAUAAGGACCAUAAUCACAAUUUUGAAAUCAGUGGUGAAGAAAACUGUACUCCAACAUUGCAACAGAAAGGUGGUACAGUUGUCAACUCUCUUACUGAGUUUACUCGGAGGCCAAGGAAGAAAUUGCUCGAAGAAGCCAAUAAUGAUUCCUCUUGUCCCUUUGGCAUUAUUGAUUUCAAGCGUCUGAGAAAGGAAGAACUUGAUGGACAGCCCAAGACUGAACCAUAUGUGGGUCAAGAGUUCAGUUCACCUAAUGAAGCCUACCAAUUUUAUCACGCAUAUGCAGCGCAUUUGGGGUUUGGAGUUCGAAUUGGUCAGUUGUUUCGUUCUAAGAAUGAUGGAUUGAUUACAUCCCGCAGAUUUGUUUGCUCCAAGGAGGGGUUCCAGCAUCCUUCAAGAGUUGGCUGUGGGGCUUAUUUAAGGAUUAAGAGACAGCCGUCAGGAAAGUGGACAGUGGACCGCCUCCGAAAAGAUCAUAACCAUGAUUUGGACUCUGAAAAAGAGGGCAGGGAAAAAGGUCUUCAUGCUUCUAAUAUUCUGAAUGACGAUGCAGAUACUGGAUUUGUAAACGGUGACUUGUUUAGAAUCGAUAACUACCCUGUCCCUAGAGGUGGUAGGCAAAAUCACAUUAGAAGUGAGUGGUACAACAUUCUUUUAGAGUAUUUUCAAACGAGACAAACAGAAGAUACUGGAUUCUUUUAUGCUGUGGAAGUUGAUAAUGGUAAUUGUAUGAGCAUGUUUUGGGCGGAUGGCAGAUCUAGAUAUUCAUGUAGUCAGUUUGGUGACGUCCUAGUCUUAGACACAUCAUACCGAAAAACUGUCUAUUUGGUACCUUUUGCUACUUUUGUUGGGGUCAACCAUCACAAGCAACCUGUGCUUCUUGGAUGUGCUUUAGUUGCUGAUGAAUCUGAAGAAUCUUUCACUUGGUUGUUUCAGACAUGGCUUAGGGCAAUGUCUGGCCGGCAGCCUCUGACAGUUAUUGCCGAUCAAGACAUUGCAGUCCAGAGGGCAAUAGCAAAAGUCUUUCCUGUAACCUAUCAUCGCUUUUCGUUGUGGCAAAUCAAGGCAAAGGAACAAGAGAACAUGGGUCUGAUGGGUGAUGGCUUCACAAAAGACUAUGAAAAGUGUGUUUACCAGAGUCAGACAGUUGAUGAAUUUGACGCCACAUGGAACGUGCUACUCAACAAAUAUGGAUUGAAGGACAAUGCUUGGCUAAAAGAGAUGUACGAGAAGCGGGCAUCUUGGGUUCCAUUGUAUUUAAAGGGCACAUUUUUUGCUGGCAUUCCCAUGAAUGAAAGCCUUGAUUCAUUCUUUGGUGCACUUUUAAAUGCCCAGACACCUCUCUUGGAGUUCAUUCCUCGGUACGAAAGGGGUCUUGAGCGACGCCGCGAGGAAGAAAGAAAAGAGGAUUUUAAUACUUCUAAUUUUCAACCCAUUUUGCAAACAAAAGAACCAGUUGAAGAACAGUGCAGAAGGCUUUACACUCUUGCUGUAUUCAAAGUAUUUCAAAAAGAGCUAUUGCAGUGCUUUAGCUAUCUUGGGUUUAAAAUAUUUGAAGAAGGGGGUCUCAGCAGAUAUAUGGUGCGAAGGUGUGGAAAUGAUAUGGAGAAACAUGUAGUUACGUUUAAUGCAUCAAAUCUCAGCAUAAGUUGUAGCUGUCAGAUGUUUGAGCAUGAUGGUGUUCUUUGUAGACACGUGCUGAGGGUUUUCCAGAUAUUACAAUUAAGAGAAGUUCCUUCUCGCUACAUCUUACACCGGUGGACAAGAAAUGCUGAGGAUGGUGUCUUUCCUGACAUAGAAUCGUGGAGCAGCUCUCAGGAACUUAAAAAUUUGAUGCUAUGGAGUCUAAGAGAAACUGCAUCUAAAUACAUAGAUGCUGGUGCAACAUCCAUUGAAAAGUAUAAACUUGCCUAUGAAAUUUUGCGAGAGGGUGGGAGAAAGCUUUGUUGGCACAGGUGAAUGCUUUACUAUGUUCUGUGAAGCUGUGCAUACUUGUACAAUUAAUUUUUGUAGCUUGAACUGUUUUUUUGGUGCCAUUUUAGCUCUCUAAUCAAAUACCCAUAUCUUUCAUUAGACUUAUAUGUUAAGCAGUGCAAGUCAAGUUACUGGUUCAACAAAUCAUUGACCUAUUCUGUUUUUAAGUAGGCAUAGAAGCAGUUUUUUAAGUAGGGCUAGAAACAAAGACCCUGUGCCCACGAUAAGAGGUGUCAUCUUAUUUGAGUAUUUAAUUAAGUUGCACCUGCCAUUUCUA